AUGUCAGACAUCUUGCUGAUCCAAAUUGACAAGGUAUACAAACGAUGGCAAGAGUUAAAGCUUAUGCUUAAUAGAUUUCAUAUCCAUCCGCCAUUUUUCCAUUUUUCCAUUAUUUUAGAAUAUAAAGCAGAUGAAGAAGUUGGAUGCUAUGCCGACGGAUCAAAGACUCAUUUGCUUAAGAACGUGGUUCAAGAGUUCAAUUCAACUAACGGCGUUGAGCAGUGUGUGGCGUUCUGUUUUCGCGUCGGACAAGAACUGGCAGGCUUGAAAGGCGGUAAUCGGUGUUUUUGCGGCAAAAGGUCAGAUCUACAUAAGGUAAAAGCCGUCCAGCCCAGACAUUGCCGCUUUUAUCGUUGCCCGUCUAACGAUACUGGAGGCUGCGGCUCAGAACAGCAUAUGCGGAUAUUCGACACUGGAUACCAAAGUACGUUGAUCUACGUACCUCCCGGAAUGAAGUCUGUGAACAACAUAAAAAUCGCGUUUUUGUUACAGUUGAAUGGCCGAAACGUCGGUCAAGUGCGAAGGAUGAUAAACAUGAUAUAUCGGCGGCGGCAUCUUUACUACGUUCACGUCGACGUUGUAAAUUACAUGUACAACGAAAUGCUGAAGCUUGAAGACAGAUUUAAAGCCAGCGGAAAUUUCAAAAUCAAACGGCGAAGAUUUCAUACAAUCUGGGGCGGAGCUUCUAUGCUCGACAUGAUUAUGGACAGUGUGGAGGAGCUACUGAAGAUGGACCAUAAGUGGAUGUACCUCAUUAACCUCAGUGAAUCAGAUAUGCCGCUGCUACCAAUGGAAGAGUUGGAAGCUUUUCUUUCGGCAUACAACGGCACAAAUUUUUUGCGAAGUCACGGGCGCAAGGGAAGCGAGACUUUUAUUAUGAAGCAGGGUUUAAAUCAGCUAUUCGUUCAAUGCGAAGGUCGAAUGUGGCGGCUGGGCGAGCGAGAGCUACCUCACGGAAUUUUCGUCUCCGGCGGUUCAGACUGGUUCGGACUUCACAGGAACUUUUUGACUUUUGCUACGAAUAAAAGCAGCAGCUUUGUAAACGGUCUCCGACAGUUUUUUCGUUACGCUUUGUUGCCAGCGGAGUCGUUUUUCCACGUGUUGGUUUUCAACAGUCAAUUUUGCAACACGAUGAGUAACAUAAACUUGAAGCUGACUAACUGGUUGAGGUCUCGCGGCUGCAAAUGUCAGUAUAAAGACGUCGUCGACUGGUGUGGAUGCAGUCCAAACGUAUUUUUGGUUCAAGAUUUCUGGAAGCUGUCGCCUGCCGUCGCCCGACAACGGCUGUUCUUUUUUGCACGUAAAUUCGACUCCGUCAUCGAUACAGCCAUAAUCACUAAAGUCGAACAGGGCGUUCUGAACAGCAGAGAGUAUGAAGCUCCAAAAUAUCAGUGGAUAAACUAUUUUCACCACGUGGAUCGAAAGCCGUCGAAGUUAUCUACUCUGGUGUUCAUGCAACAGGUGGCUCAGAAUGCUACCUCCGCGCUGCUCACGUCCAUAAACGAUGCUAAUUUGACUUGUAAAGUGGAUAAGCUGCUGGAAUUGAAUACGUUUUAUCUGCUAACAAAGCUAAAAGGCUUGUUGCUAUUGUUUUCAGUCGUCUGCAAUGGUGAGGUUGCCGAUGAACCCCUUACGUGGAUUAGCGAAGCUUACGUCGAGCCACAGUAUCAUUCGCAGGUGUUUCCUACCGACAAUCUGGGAAGAAAAUUAGAAUCCGUACAAGUAAACUUUUGUAGCAGAUUUUAA